AUGGAGUCCAGAAUGAGGACGGAGGGUGCGUUUGGCCAAGUGGGGAUACCUGAGAAGUCGGUCUUGGCAAAUCGGUUCAAACGGAGACGAAGGCGGCUUACACGACACACCUUGGGAAUGAAGGCUGCAGCGUUUUCUCCUGCGGGUUCACGUGGGGGUGAUAGGGCCCUCACAUGCCUGCGAAGCAUCCGGAGAUCGGCGUCCACUGUGCAGCGGUUGAGCGAGCUUCGUGACGAGGUGCUUUAUGGAUACUGGCUCAAUCCUUUCAAAGACGGAGAGACUUACGACGGGUGUGUAGUAUCGAGAUCAGCUUCUGAUACACGAUUUCUCGAGACGAAUACGGUCUUGUUCAAAGCAAUGAAUGUGUUGUCCUUCUCAAGUUGGGGAGCUUCUGAGCCCAUUGAGCCGCACUGUACACUGUGA